AUCUUCAUUUCUGGAGGCAGCUCAUAUCCAAUUUCAAAAAUGGUAUGGUCUGCUAAUCGGAACAAUCCGGUAGGACGUGGGGCAAAAUUGCAACUUUCCCAGCAAGGGGGUCUAACACUGCAAGAUGGUGAUGACACUCUGGUUUGGUCUACAAACACAUCAGUUAAAUCUGUUUUGGGUUUGAAGUUAACUGAUAAAGGUAACCUUAAGUUGUUUGAUGGAAACAAGACAACGGUUUGGCAGUCUUUUGAUCACCCGACUGACUCUUUGGUUGUCGGACAAAAACUGGUUUCUGGGCAGAAAUUAGUGGCAAAUGAUACCCAGCUCUAUUAUCGAUCCUCUGAUUGUCUAUUAACAAACCAAACAGGCCAGUUUACUGCUGAAUUCAACGACACUGGUUUUGGUGCUGUUGCCUUUCCAAGAUCUCGAGAUGGUACCACACGAUUUAGUGUUAUACAAUUAGACUCUGAUGGGCACUUAAGUGCCUCCUGGCAAACAACAUCAGAGUGGGAGAAAGCCUAUGAUUUGUUUGAGGGCCUUGAUUCAUGUAGUUACCCGUUGGUGUGCGGAAAAUAUGGAAUUUGUUCAUCGGGAGGAUCCUGCAGCUGCCCAGAAGCAGAUAAAAACAGAGUUACAUAUACGUAUUUCAGGCAGAUAAAUUCUUCACAGCAAAAUUUUACGUGUUCUCCAUAUAAUCCAAUAUCUUGUGAGUCUCCUAACCAAAGUCUUCUUGAAGUCAAGGAUGUUGAUUUUUCUCUCACCGAUUUGAUGCGAGAAAUUAAAAAGGAUCGGAAGGAUGUUGAGGAGGAUUAUAUGGGCCACAUAUCAGGAGCACCCUCAAGAUUCUCUUAUGAAGAAUUAAAGGGUGUAACUAACAACUUUAACAGCAAGCUUGGUGAGGGAGGAUUUGGUUGUGUUUUUCAAGGAAAAUUACCUGGUGGUGCUCAAGUUGCUGUGAAGUACCUUGACGGUUUUGGUUUUGUAAAGAAGUCAUUUAUAACUGAAGUUGAGACCAUAGGAAGCAUUCACCAUUUCAACUUGGUACGGUUAGUUGGAUUUUGUGCUGAGAAAUUCCGCAUGCUUUUGGUUUAUGAGUACAUGUGUAAUGGGUCAUUGGAUCAGUGGAUCUUCUGCAGUGACAAAAGGCUUUCUCUUGGUUGGCGGUGCAGAAGGAAGAUCAUUCUAGACAUAGCCAAGGGUCUAGCAUAUCUUCAUGAAGGAUGCAGGCAGAAAGUAAUUCACUUCGAUAUCAAACCCCAAAACAUCCUUUUGGAUGAGAAUUUCAAUGCCAAGGUUUCUGAUUUUGGGUUGUCUAAGCUAGUAGGAAGAGAGCAAAGCCAAGUUGUGACAACAAUGAGGGGAACACCAGGAUACAUGGCCCCUGAGUGGUUGAACUCGGUAAUCACAGAAAAGGUAGAUGUAUAUAGCUUUGGUAUUGUUGUUCUGGAAAUUUUAUGUGGCAGAAAAAAUGUUGAUCGAUCCCUGCCGGAAGAGGAUGGCCAUUUGGUUAGUGUUUUUAAGAGAAAGGCUGAGGAUGGUGAACUUCUGGAUCUAAUGGAUAAGUACAAUGAGGAGAUGCAAUCAAAUGCAGCAGAGGUAAUGGAGAUGAUGAAAGUUGCAGCAUGGUGUUUGCAAAAUGAAUAUGCUAAGAGACCUUCAAUGUCCAUUGUGGUGAAGUUCCUAGAGGGCAAAAUGGAUGGUGAAAAUGAGUGUGAUUUCUCAAAUGCACCAGUUCUGGCUGAAGUAGGAACCAUCGGACACCCAACGGAUACAGCUGCUUGGAUUUCAUCUAUUUUAUCUGGUCCAAGGUGAUGAUGACAUGGGGAAGAGAGGACAUAUAAUGAUUUAGCUCUUGGCUUCAUUUCUUCCUGCCAAUUGCUUCAAGUAUUUGAGAAAGACUUGACCACCCGAUUAGCACGUUCAGGAGUACAGACUGACUCUGAAAAGCUAAGUCCUUUCCUUGCGUCCUUUUUUCUGUCCAUUGUAAAAUUUUCAUUUUUACUUUGUAGAGAGAUUAGUUGCAGUACUUUUGGUUCAUGUUGAUUCUUAGCUUAAUUUCUGCAAUGUACUAUUAGCUGCUUCAAAUUUGUGUUGCACCUCUAAUAAUUUAAUUCUAGACAA